AUGUCCCCCAAACAAACAACCCCGUACCCUUUCCAAUUCACCAGCGGCCCACCACCUCCAACCCAAACCAAAGGCGAUGCAAAAGACAUAACCCUCCACCUCAAAAACGUCCGCGGCAAGAUCCCCUCCGCCCAAGCCUCCUACCUCCGCACCAUGAUGCGAGAAGCGCAUUCCGACCCGACCAAAAUCAUCGCCCACGCUUGUACCUACGACGGCCUGUCUUCCCGUCUAGUCGAAGAAGCCGGGUUCCCUAUUGUCUUCCUGGCGGGCUACGCCGUGGCCAGUUCCUACGGACUGCCGGAUACGGGAUACAUCGCCAUGGCAGAGAUGUGCGAUAAGAUCCAGGAGGCGGUGCGCAUGACUACCAUCCCUGUUAUGGCGGACGGUGAUACAGGGUACGGGAGUCCGAUGAAUGUAAAGCGGACUGUGGAGUCCUUUGCUGCCGCCGGGGCGGCAGGGGUAAUGAUAGAGGAUCAGACGUGGCCGAAACGAUGCGGCCACACGAAAGGCAAAUCGGUCGUCUCACGCGGCGAAGCCUACGCUCGCAUCCGAGCGGCCGUUGACGCGCGCAACCAAGGCCGCGACAUCUUCAUUCUGGCACGCACCGACGCCCUUAUCCUCGGGUGGGAAGAGGCCAUGACCCGUGCGCAAGAGUUCAAGCGGAUCGGUGUGGAUGCCGUGUUUGUUGAGGCCCUGCCAGACCGUGAGUCAAUGCGGAGAUGUGUCGAAGAGUUGCAGCUGCCUGUCUUUGCGAACAUCAUUGAGGGCGGGUUGACGGAGAAUCUGUCGGCGCAGGAUUUGGCCGAGUUAGGGUUUGCGGCUGUUGCGUAUCCGUGGACGCUUGUGGCGGCGAAGUUGAAGUGUAUUCGGGAUGCGUUGGAAGGGCUCAAGAGGAGCAUGACCUCUGGGGCUCCGCCGAUGAUUCUGGGGUAUGCGGAGGUUUGUGAGGGAGUUGGGUUUAAUAAGUAUUGGGAUCAAGAGGUGAAAUACGAAUAUAAGGAGGAUGGGUUGGUGGGGGGUAGAAAUGGAUGUGCGUAG